GCCCAGCCGGUGAAUGCACCCACGGAUUGCGAAAUUUCCCCGGCUUGUUUCGUCCUCGCGGGUAAUCGUAGGAUCUCCGUCCCCAUAAACCUACUCAUUCUUGCUAUUGCAGAUACUCUGGAACGUCGGCAACUGUUCGCGACGUUUUCCUGGAUGCUGAGGCAUGCGCCCUAAAAACUCUGGAAUUGAUGUAUUGCAGAGCGCAGAUCUGCAUUUAUUACCUGUUGUGGACAGUGACACUGAGUCCAAAGCUUACCUUAGAACAAGAGAUUACUACUGUGAAAAAUUGGAAUUGCCCUGCAGAAUGUAUUUGUCUUUCUCCAAAGCAGGUUCUCUGCAAUACAGGCGGGCUAAAAGAUAUUCCUACUCAACAGCUGCCUCAAACAGUGGAAGAAUUGUCAUUGACAAAGAACAACUUUCCAGUAAUAAAAGGCGACGCGUUCGCUGGUUUGAGAGUCUUACGAAAGUUAACAAUGGAUGGUAACAAUAUCUCGACAAUACGUCCAUUCGCAUUUCGAGGUUUAAGUAAAUUAUACGAACUCUCCAUUCAGCAUACUCCGCUACCAUUCAUCGAAAAAUUCUCAUUCGCUGCUUUACAAAAUGUAUCGGUAUUAUUAUUGGCGAAUAACAAAAUAGGAUAUAUUGAGAACUACUCCUUCGCCGGUACAUCAAACAUUCGUGUAAUCUUAUUAAGCAAUAACCCACUGCUCAGAAUCCACAGUCAUGCAUUUUCAAGUUUAACAAAUGUAGUUCGCCUAAUAUUUCCGACAGGAAUCAGAACCAUUGAGCCAGAUGCAUUCGAUGGUCUCCAGCACGUUGGGCUUCUGAAGCUAACUUAUAUGGACUUAUCUUCCCUUCAAUCUUACACGUUUCGUGGCUUAUCCUAUGUGCAGUCUCUGAAUAUUCAGGAAAGUGAUCUGGGAAUCAUUGAAAAAGACGCCUUCACUGGACUUACUCACGUAGAUCGACUGAAUAUACUAAACAAUAAAAUUGAUUUAAUUGAGAAAUUGUUUCUACGAUACGAAAACAGUAUCGAAAUGUUAAGAUUUCAUGGAAACCAUGUACUGGAAGCACCCCGUCACGCUAGAGACAUCAACCUAGAAGUGAGCUCUAUCAGUGCUAUCGACAACCACUUUCCAUGUGAUUGUCAAGCUCAUAACGUGCUGGAGAGCGAUUUUGUCAAUGGCACUAUUAGCGAAUUUCAAAAGAAGAAUUAUUGUAUUUCGCCAAUCGAAUAUAAUGGGAAACCCAUGAACCUCGUAGACUUUGAACUAAUUGCCAUGUGUCAUGAUAAUGUUGUACAAGACAACUUGGGCUCUGGUGUCACUGAAAUCUUUAUGCUACCAACCACUUUGUUCUUUUUUCUUUUGUUAUCUGUAAAUUUUUUUUAA